AUGGUCGAAAGAGAGAAAGAUUCAUUUGAUUCUUUGUGGAAAAUCACGAGAAAAGCCCCAAUCAUUGAAAUCAUUGAAAGUAAUGCCACAACACCGAAACAGUCGACAACAAUUUCACCAGUAAUCCCACCAGAAGAAAGAAAAGAACGAUCAUGGUUGAGAAAUUAUCGAGCUGUCAUUUGGACAUUCAUGUUGCUCAUUUCGGCGAUUAUUUUUUUAGCGAUCAUGCUUUGGGAGAUAAGACAUCGAAAA